UGGUUUCUCCUAAAUAUUUAUAGAAGUGGUGCAAAAGUAGUGAAUAUAAGAUUCGCACCGAUAGUCUGGAGCCCUCUCUGAGCACACCAUUUAUGGCGACGAUUAUAGAUAUGGGAAGAGAAAGACGAUCCAAAUGUAAGCCAAGAAUUCGCUUAUUUUGUAUGCCUUUCAGUGCCUCUCGUCGGUCGACACACAGUAUAUAGUUAUAGUCAAACACAUCAGACAAUUGUGUCAAUAAUUAACUUUUUAUUUGGAUUUUCAUUCAAAUCACAACCAAUUAAUCCAACAUAAUGUCUGACGAGGAAGAGUACAGCGAGGAGGAGGUGGAGGAGACCAGCACGAGCUCUUCUGGUCCUAAGGUGGAAGCGGCUCCGUGUGAGGCCGAGGCAGCGAUGGAGGAAAAAGCAAAGAAAAAGAAGGUCGAAGAGGAGGAACAGUGGACUGAAUAUAUGGAACAGAGAAAGAAAGCCAGAGCUAAGGAAGAGGAAGACCUGAGGAAAUUGAAGGAUAGACAGGCUUUGCGCAAAACUAAAAGAGCAGAACAGGAGAAGAUGUUAUACGAGUUUAAGCGAAAACAAGAGGAACAGAGAAUAAGAGAAAUGGAGGAGAAGAAGGCGAGGGAUGCGGAGAACAAACGAAAGCGUUUAGAGGACGCCGAGAAGAAGAGGGCCGCUAUGCAGGCGGCUAUGAAUAAGACGAAGGACUCGGCGCCCGUCGAUGACGCCGAGAAGAAGAGGGCCGCUAUGCAGGCGGCUAUGAAUAAGACGAAGGACUCGGCGCCCGUCGAGCGAAACUUUGUCAUUCAGAAGCGUACGGAUGGCGGACCCGGAGCUGCACUCGGAAACACUGGUUUCGAUCGGUUCUCGAAUGUGAUGUCAGCGCGAAGUGAAAUGGGAAAGACAAAGGAACAGUUGGCCGAAGACAAGAAGAUCGCCCUCUCGUUCCGCGUAAAGCCGUUGCAAAUCGACGGCCUGUCUGUGGAUGAGCUGAGGAAGAAGGCGUCCAAUCUCUGGGAUUUGAUCAUAUCGUUGGAGAGCGAUAAAUACGAUUUGGAGGAAAGACAAAAGAGACAGGACUAUGACUUGAAAGAAUUGGCGGAAAGACAGCGACAAAUCAAUCGUAACAAAGCGUUGAAGAAGGGAUUGGACCCCGACGCUCUUUCGGGUAAAUUCCCGCCGAAGAUCCUGACGGCCAGCAAAUACGAGCGACGACUCGAUAGACGGACUUUCGGUGAUAAGAAAGGGCUUUACGAAGGCGGAUAUGACGCUCAGAUGGAGGCGACACUGGAGAAGACGUGGGAGGAAAGGAUGAACUCAUUCAAAGAGCGGGAGGCGAAGAACCAAAACAAAUGGGAUCCGUCGGCGCCCAAGAAUAAGGAGACAUUCGAACCGGGAGUUCGCACUUACGACGACGAGGGAGACGACGAUCUGUUGGACGCAUUCAUAAAACCGCCCGGUUUUGAGGAAGUGCUCGGAGGAGUGACUACUCCCGCCUCAAAGCCAGCGCCCGCUCCACAGAAACAGGAAGAAGAGGAGGAAGAAGAAGAGGAAGAGGAGGAGGAAGAAGAGGAAGAAGAAGAAGAGGAGGAGGAAGAGGAAGAAGAAGAGUAGACAAUGAGAGGGCUAUUUAAAAAAUAAGUGUUUUCACGAGAACUCAAUGUUAAUAAAACCUAUUGUCUGUCGAAUCGAAACAAAAACUAUUUUUAUUUAAAUAUGAGUUUUAAAUUUUGGUGCACUUAUUAUAGAGACUAAACAUACCAUUAAUUUGUUUAAUGAAAACGACAGUUAAUUUCAAUACCAAUUAUAAUAUGAGUUUUAAGUGAAUUAAGUGGACAUUCAUUUAUAACUUUUAUUAAUAAAUUAUUGCCUCAAUUCUCCAAUUCUUCGUCUGAUGUAAUCAUUUAUUCGUUAAAACAAUUUACCAAAAACAAUAAAAAUUGAUUUUUGUUUGUUUCAAA